AGAGCCAUGGCGGUGUCCUCAUGAACUUCCUGGGAGCUGCCCCUGGUGGCUGUGUGCCAGGUAACAUCAAUCCCAAACAAGAAAGAGAACUUUAAAACAUGUGCUGAGCUGGUUCUCGAGGCGGCCAGACUGGGUGCUUGCCUGGCUUUUCUGCCUGAGGCAUUUGACUUCAUUGCACAAAAUCCUGCUGAGACAUUACAACUGUCUGAGCCACUGGAUGGGGACCUUAUGGAACGAUAUAGCCAGCUUGCCAGGGAAUGUGGAAUCUGGCUGUCCUUGGGUGGAUUCCACGAGCGUGGCCAAGACUGGGAGCAGACUCAGAAAAUCUACAAUUGUCAUGUGCUUCUGAACAACAAGGGGCUAGUAGUGGCCCAGUACAGGAAGACACAUCUGUGCGAUGUGGAGAUCCCAGGUCAGGGGCCUAUGCGGGAAAGUAACUCUACCAUGCCUGGACGCACUCUCGAGCCACCCAUCAGCACACCAGCAGGGGGUUUAGCAAUCUGUUAUGACAUGCGGUUCCCUGAACUUUCUCUGAAAUUGGCUCAAGCUGGGGCAGAAAUACUUACUUAUCCUUCAGCCUUUGGAUCGGUUACUGGACCUGCCCACUGGGAGGUGUUGUUGCAGGCCCGAGCCAUUGAAUCUCAGUGCUAUGUAAUAGCGGCAGCACAGUGUGGACGCCACCAUGAGACAAGAGCAAGUUAUGGCCACAGCAUGGUGGUGGACCCCUGGGGUACGGUGGUGGCCCGCUGCUCCGAGGGACCAGGCCUCUGCCUUGCCCGAAUUGAUCUCAACUUUCUGCGACAGAUGUGCCAACACCUGCCUGUGUUCCAGCAUCACAGACCGGACCUGUAUGGCAGUCUGGGUCAACCGCUGUCUUAAGCCUUGUGACUUCUGCUGGGGUUGAGACACACACAGACAUACUCAGCUGUGAAGUGAGGCCACUGCGACUUGCAGGCAGGACCCAAGCACAGUUCUCUCACUUGCAGAACCUUAAA